UGCUCGCGCCUGGUGCAGGUAACAGCACAACCUGUUGAUCUUUAUGGAGGCAGACAGCAGGAGCUCUGCGCAUGCGUGAGCGCCUGGAGCCCUGCAUCAACUCGCUAUAUGAGACCGGGCGCGGAUACAGAUGCAGUUUUCUUGAACAGCCGCACGAAUGGAUGGAACCGAAACGAACCGGAGAAACCGCGCGAAAAUGGAGCAACAGAAGAUGUUAGAUUCCGGAGGAAACCAAAGUGGAUCUAAGGACAGAGUGACUCUUAAAAAAGAAAUUGGUCUCCUGAGCGCGUGCGCCAUAAUUAUAGGCAACAUCAUUGGCUCAGGGAUCUUCAUUUCUCCAAAGGGGGUUCUAGAUCAUGCAGGCAGUGUGGGGUUCUCACUCAUCGUGUGGGUUCUAGGAGGAGGGAUCUGUGCCUUGGGAUCUCUUUGCUAUGCCGAGUUGGGCGUCACCAUUCCCAAAUCAGGUGGAGACUACUCAUACGUAACUGAGAUCUUCGGGGGACUGGUGGGGUUCUUGUUGCUGUGGAGUGCUGUGUUGAUUAUGUACCCAACGACUCUGGCUGUGAUUGCGCUCACCUUCUCCAACUAUGUGCUGCAGCCUGCCUUCCCUAACUGCCUGCCCCCAUUCAUCGCCACCCGGCUUCUCUCAACCGCCUGCGUCAUGUUCCUGACUUGGGUGAACUGCUCCAGUCAUAUUUUCUAUUUACUCUCUCUAGGACAUUAUGAUGCAUUGGAGCCCCAGACAGCAUUUGAGUUCAUAAAGGAUCCUUCAGUGGGGCAGAUUGCUCUUGCCUUCCUGCAGGCCUCAUUUGCCUAUAGCGGAUGGAACUUCCUGAACUACGUCACUGAAGAGGUGGUUGAGCCUCGCAAGAACCUUCCACGUGCAAUCUACAUCUCCAUCCCCCUGGUGACGCUCGUCUAUACUCUCACCAACAUUGCGUACUUCUCCUCCAUGUCCCCUCAAGAGCUGCUGGAGUCAAACGCUGUCGCUGUGACAUUUGGAGAGAAGCUGCUAGGAGUGUUCUCCUGGGUGAUGCCCAUCUCUGUGGCUCUUUCCACCUUUGGGGGGAUCAACGGAUACUUGUUUACAUCUUCCAGGUUGUGUUUCUCAGGCGCCAGAGAGGGUCACCUGCCCUAUCUGCUGGCUAUGAUCCACCUUAAGAGCUGCACACCAAUUCCUGCCCUACUCGUUUGUGUGAGAGAGAAAGAGCUAUUCGCACACACAGCACAUGCAACACAAUACUGCUUUCAGUCUGCAUGA